AUGAUCGAUAAUCUCGCUAUCCCUCUCGUCACAUUUCUAGUGGUGCCUCUCCUAUACUAUGGAUUCAAACUGCUCCGCGUUGGCCGCAGAGACCCUCGCCUUCCACCUGGCCCUCCCACAAUCCCCAUUUUAGGCAAUGCGCAUCUGAUUCCCAAGACUGGAAUCGCCCUCAAGUUCCAUGAAUGGGCCCAAAAGUAUGGCAGCAUGUACUGCCUCAAGGUGUUCAAUUCAAACAUCAUCGUGAUCUCGGACCCUCAGAUCGUUGGCCAGUUGCUCGACAAACGCGGCGUCAUAUACUCGGACCGGCCGGAAAAUAAGGCGGCAAUGUUUAUUACAAACGGCCACCACUUCUCGUUUGAGCAGCAGAGUCCGUCGUGGAAGCACAAGCGCGCCAUCGCAGUGAGACACUUCAGCCCGCAAAAGCUCGACACACAUCACUUCAAGGUGCAAGAAGCGGAGUAA